AUGUCAGAAAAAAUAAUACUGAGUCAAGGGCUUCAACUGCUUCAAGGUUCACCUUUUAAAUCAAGUUUAGCAAAUGAGUUCCAAUCAUUUACAGAAGAUUCAAACUACUCUAAAGCUAUUGAAUUUGCUAAAACAGAAUCUGAAUUAUCAGAAACUGGGAAAUAUUUACAAUCAAAAGAUACAACAAAACAAUUAUAUUAUAAUGAAAUCGGUUCAUCAAUUUUGAAAAAAAGUGAUUUAAUUAGUGCUUCAUUACAAAAUGAAUUAUCUGAAGAUAUUGAUUCAAGUCAUUUGAAAAUUAAGUUAUUAGCUGAACAUGCCUUAGCUCAAUUAGAUUCAAAAGAAAAAUUAUUAUCAUUAGGUGAAAUUCAUAUUUUGCAACAAAAUAUUGAACAAACAAUUUUAUUAAGAGAUGAAAUUUCUAAACAAUUACAAGAAAAUUUUAAAACUUUACAAAAAUUUACAUCAAAUGCAUCACAUAUAGAAAAAGAUAUAGAUACUAUAAAUCGUAUCAUAUAUUCAAAUAAUGAUUUAAAUCAACAAUUUGAUCAAAUUUCAACAGAUAUUUUAAAUGCUACGAAGACUUUAUACAAUCAAUAUUCAUUAGCUUUUUCAUUUUGUUAUUUCGAGGACUUAAAUAUUGAUAUACCCUCACCUUCACAACCUCAAAAUGAUAAACAAACUGAUGAAUUAUUAUCACAUAUUGCAUCUGUUGCAGUACAAAGGAAUGUUAUAUUACCUGCACCUGCUUCAACAAAUUCUAAUGAUUCAAAUAUUGAAUGGGCUAAGAGUUGUUUGAAUUCAUUAUUGGAUCAAAAUUACUCUAAUGUUAAUGAUAAAGAAAUUAAAUCAAAUUCUCCAAAUGAUGAACAAGAACUUACAAGUUUGAGAACUGCUUUGAAAGAUUUACAAUUUGCUCAUCAAUACCUGACAAGACAAUAUGAAGAUGAAAGAAACUUAAAUUCAACAGUAAUGAAUACUCAUAAAAAUAAAAAAGCUGCUAUAGAAAGACAAUUAGCUGAAAAUUUAAUAACAUUAGAAAAGGCAAAUCAAAGGUCUAUAUUAGUUGAACAUGAAAAAAAUGUUUUGGAAAGAACUUUAGAUGAUAAAAUGAAAGAUAUUUAUGAUUUACAAAAACAAGUUGCACUUUUAAAAAUUGAUAAUUUAGGUUAUAUUCAUACAAAUAAUGAUUCAAAUUCAAGAAUUCCAAGUCCUGAAAAAUCUCAAAUUUCUCCAGUUUCACCAGAUGAAAACUUAAGCAUGUCUCAUGAAGGUCAUAAGGAUAAGAAUAAGUAUUUAUCCAAUCCUAAGACUCCAUUAUUACAACAAAGUUUGAAUGGAAGUUAUCGUAAUGCUUCACCUUCAUCACCAAAGUUUAAUAAUAGUAUAUCUGUUUUAAGAAAUGAAUUUAAAAAAUUAGUUAAUGAGAUUCAUGAUUCAUAUAAAUCUGAAAUUGAAAAAGAAAAAAUUGAAAGAAAAAGAUUAGAACAUUUAUUAAAACUUUAUGAAGAAAGAAAUAGUGAUUUAGAAUUAUAG